AUGCGCCGAAAUCUUCAACUUCUCGCUACGGCCCUGCCAUUGGCUGCGGCAUGGCCAAUGGUCAUGGAGGAAGUGGCCAAGGGGCGCACCCUCCAGAAGCGAGUGGUCUAUCCUACCGUUCCACCGCCGAAGUUCACCACCCAAAGAGACAACUGCGGUGUUCACGGACCAUGCACGACCUUUGAUGCCGACGACCAAUUUGUCGAUGUCAGCCAGGGUAGUGGACACGAGUUUGUUUCUCCUGGUCCCAGCGACAUUCGAGGACAAUGCCCCGGUCUCAACGCUGCUGCAAACCACGCCUUCAUGCCACGCAAUGGCCUUGCUACUAUUCAGCAGACCGUCGACGGCCUCGAAGCCGCAUACAACAUGUCUCCCGAUCUUUCAGCGAUCUUGGCAGUCAUCUCCAUUGCCAUCUCAGGCGACCCUAUCGCCGGCAAAUGGUCAAUAGGAGGCGGUUUCAACGGCGUACUUGGUCUUUUGGGCAGGCCAACGGGUAUCAUUGGUACUCAUAAUAGAUAUGAGGGAGAUGCCUCCAUUGUUCGAGGUGAUGCAUAUUUGCACGACGGCGACGUAGACUUCUUUGAGAUGCACCGUUGGGAACACCUCUACUCCAUGCUCGGCGACGAGGACAACUUCACCCACGACAAGGCCGCGGCACAGGCAUACUACACGAUGAGAUACUCUGUGCUGAACAACCCAUACUACUUCUCCGAGCCAUUCUCCGGUCUUGUCGCGCCUGAUGCGCACAACUUUGUCGUUAGUUUCAUGAGCAACCAUUCCGCAGAGAUCCCAGGUGGAAAGCUUGAUGGCGAGACGCUGAAGCAAUUCUUCUCUGUCACUGGAACUCCAGGAAAUUUCGUCUGGACUCCGGGUCAAGAACGAAUUCCUCUCAACUGGUACCGCCGCCCAUCAGGCCAACAAAUGAACACCGUCGACACCAACGUCGACACACUCAUCAACAACGGCAUGUACCCAGGUAUCGUCCAAUUCGGCGGAAACACCGGCAAAGUCGACACCUUCACCGGCAUCGACACCGGCGAUCUCACCCAGGGCGUGUUCAACGGUGCCACGCUUCUCGAGGGCAACAACCUGGCAUGCUUUUUCCUGCAAGCCACCCAAGCCGGACUUGUUGACGCUGCAACGCCACUGCUGGAGCCUGUGGGCGAGAUUUUGAGUUUCUUGAACCAGAAUAUUGCACCGCAGGUUUCUGCUCUGAACUGCCCUCAGUUGAACAGCCUCAACAAUACGCUGUUCAAGCAGUACCCGGGUGCUUCUUACUUCCCAAGUGGACAGUAG